AUGUCUACCGGCACCCCAGAAUCGAGCCACCCCAAACCCGACCAACCAACCCAAUCCCCAGAACCAAAGCCAAUAGCGCCUACAGAGCCUUCGACCCAGCCAGGCCUGACUGCUGACGCUUCCACUCCAUCCGUCGAACCACUCGAGCUCACAGGCGACACCGUUGCCCCGAAACAUAGCCACCCCGCAACUGGCCCUGGUGGCGAAAGCGCCGCCCCCGUGACAGCGACUACCAACCCCAACUCGUCAGCGCAAGUUGCAUCUACAUCACCAUCAAUGGAUACCGAAGAACCCAAGAAUGUGCCUGAGAUGUCCUCUGAGCACUCUGAUGAUGGCUCGGGGAAGGAAGUUGAGAAUAACGGCCCGUCGCUGGUCAUAACGUUGUUGUUGACCACGGGCUCGCGCCAUCCGUUCACCAUCGAUGGAAAGUAUUUACAGAAGCGAUCGGUGAAUGUGGAGAACAACGAUCCCUUCUUGAUGAGCGUGUAUACACUGAAGGAGCUAAUCUGGCGCGAAUGGCGUUCUGAUUGGGAAACUCGUCCCUCUUCACCCAGUGCUAUCCGCCUCAUCUCUUUCGGCAAAUUGUUGGAUGACAAGUCACCUCUCUCUGACUCCAAGUUCAGCAAGGAACACCCGAAUGUCGUCCAUAUGACUGUCAAGCCACAAGAAGUUGUCGACGAGGAAGACGCAAAGGGGACCAAGGCGCCAUACAACCGAGAGAAUGAGGCCAGCGAGCGCAGCCCUGGAUGUCGCUGUGUGAUUCUAUAA